AUGAAGCAGGUGCAGCAGGCGGUGCAACCGGAACAGCAGACGCAGGAGCGGGAUAUAGGAGACACUGCAUAUCUUCUGAAGAGGCUAAUGGAAGCCUUGGGAUAUUGGGAACUGCUGGGGGGCCAAGAGGAGACACUGCGACGAUCUGCAGAGGGACAAGACCUCGUCCUCUGCAGCCCUACAGGCUCGGGGAAGUCCCUUUCCCUCCUGCUGCCCCUGCUGCAGUGGCACACCGCUCGCUCAGCAGCAGCACCAAACACAGGGGGAACGAAAGCAGCAGAAGCAGGUGCAGCAGGAGCCACGAAGAGGGAGCGUUUGACCCUCGAAGUCGAUAUCAGCAACAGCAACGCGAGCAACAGCAGCACCAUAGGAGGCAGCAGCAGCAGCAGGAGUCAGCCGCAUGUAACGGACUGGGAGCUAUUGCCUAUGUUAGCCAAUGGGGGGUCUGCUAAGGCAGCAUAUGCUGUCUGUACAGCCGAGGCUGUCUCCCUGGUGGUUGUCCCUACUGCAACUUUGGGACUUCAGCUCUUGGGGGAGUUGGCGGAGGCUGCUCGCCGCUGGCUGCCGGUAGCUACGGAGUUUAGAGACAGGAAGACAGACAAGCGGAGACAACCGUCAGCGCCUCUCCGUGUCCCCCAGCUGUUGUUGAUCGAUGACACUUUACCGCAGCAGCAGCAGCAGCAGCUGCUGCUGCUCAGAGAUUCCUUACAAGAGGCAGCAGCCGCGGCAACUAGGACGACCACCCACAAAGCUCCGCUUCUGUCUCCUCCUGUCUCUGCAUUCACCUCUCCUGCUCUUCAAUGUCGCUCUGUUUCUCGUGAUACCUCUGCCUCUCCUUGUCCUGGUGUUCACCCUGCUGCUGUUCUCGCCGAUGAGGUGCUCUCCUCUGGAGUUUUGUGCCUUCCUGCGGACUUGACACAGGACAGAUCCAACGGGCCUGAUUUUCGCCUUCUGACCUUAGGCCCCCCUGGGGCCUUGCGGCGUUUCGCUUCCUGCGUCCGCCACUUCGUGCUCGACGAAAUUGACAGAAUGCUGCAGCCUCUCCGCCGCUACGCUCCGCUAAAGGAACGCAUGCAGAGGCUCAAACAGCCCCAAACUGUUGAAGUAUUGCUGAGGCUCUUAGUGCAAAGUCGAUGCUCCACUACCGCUAUUAGUGGGGAGAAGCCCGAUAACCCGUGGGCCCAUUUUGUGGAGACAAGACCUCAAGAUUUGCAUCGGGCCUCGACGGUCUCCGCCUCCCGGCAUCCUCUCCCGCUGCAGCUACUGGCGGCCAGCGCAUCUCUAGGCAGACCGCUGCAUCGCUACCUUGCGAACCUUACUCGGUGGAAGCAGCAGCAGUUGCUGCUGCGGCAAGCACGCGAUCCGCCACUAGAAGACUUCCUCAGCAAGAGGCGAAACAACGAACUGCAGCCUAUGCGCUUCAACAGGGGACUGUCCCUCUCUGGGACAUUCGCGACUCCACAGCAACGUAUGAAGGCUGCCCUUGAGCGCCUCGCAGACAAGGGCUUGCUGGGUCUGCCCAGAACCCUCACAGCCCUGGGGAAACCCGCAGAAGGGGCCAGUGUAGGUCUGGGAAUGCAUUCAUUGCCAAACCCUUUCAAGGCCAUAUUGCCGAUCAUCAGAAGACGUGACACCGAAAAGGGGCUGGAAGUGUGCCUCCUGUUUUUUAUCCUUUGCUCGGUUGCAUUGCUUGGCAAGAGGGAUGCGCUUGUGUGCAAGAAGGAUGCGCUUGUGUUCGCUGCACUGCACGCAGAAACACUCGCCGAUGCUGCCGCUGAUCUCUGCAGCCAGCUCAAGCCCCGCAAAGCCCUGCUUCUGCUCCAGGAAGGGUCGUCAUUGAGAACGCUCCAGAUGUUCAUGAAGGCCAGAGGCCACAAGGUCGGGUACCAGCUAGUGGAGCUGUUGCAUCAAACCGGCGGGUGGUGGAGGAAUCCUAGGCUGCAGCAGCAAGAUAACGGACAGUUCCAUCAGCCCCAACAGCUCAUUGCCACAACGAUGGAAGCUGCCCGAGGCCUCCACGUGGCAGGUGGCGCGUCGGCCGAUGUGGGCAACAGGGCCUCUCCGUGGCGGUCUCGGAUGCUGCUACACAACGGCAAGCUAUACACUGUCUUGUGCAAACACCGGAGCUCACCACAGCCAUAUCUACCCUAUUUGUAA